GUGGCCAUAUUUUCUGCGGGAGCAGGCCCCCGUCACUUCUUUCCAACGUGUCUGAGAAUGGACCUCAACCUACGACUAAUCGUUUCUUGGUGGAUUAUCGUCUUUUACUCAUUUUUCAAUCUAGCAGAAAGUCGGCUGGCACACAGCCGAGCUUUAGACACAAUAAAUUCCCCCGCUCCAGUCAGGACAUUUGGACAAAUCCAGCCUCAGUUGUCUGCGGCGAAACAACAGCAAAGAGCAGAGAACAGUGUGCGGCCUCGAUCCAUCCUGGUGAGGUGCCACCCGGAUUCGAUGGAGGUUGUGGUGCAGGCUGACAUGUUUGAUACAGGUCUUAAGGUGGACGGCGGGCACCUGCGACUGGGUUUAAACUCUCAGGACGAGGGUGAAUGCGGGGCGGUCCCAUCAGGAGAGGAGGAAUUCACCAUCCUUGUCUGGCUAACAGACUGUGGAACCAAGCUGUCUUCAACCCAAGAAAAGAUCAUAUAUUCCAAUGUUCUGAUCUACUCACCUGAACCUUCCUCUGAUGGUUUGCUCAGACUGGAUGGAGCAAAUAUACCAGUUGAAUGCCAUUAUGACAAGAGAUAUUCUGUAGAUGGCCUUCCUCUUCAGCCCACCUGGGUUCCCUCUGUGUCUGUGGCUUCUGUAGAUGACCAGAUAGACUUCACUCUGCAAGUUAUGACUGGUGACUGGCAGUUUGAGAGGGGAUCUUAUAUAUAUUUCCUGGGUGAUCCCAUUAAUUUCGAGGUUUCUGCUGUCAUGGGUAACCACAUGCCCCUGCGAGUAUAUGUUGACCACUGUGUUGCCACAGCAACUCCUGAUGCAGAGGCAACCUUAAGAUAUGACUUCAUUGGGCAUUAUGGAUGUCUUGUUGAUGCUUAUCUGACAAGUUCCAACUCGCAUUUCUUGCCAAGAAUUGAGGAACACAAGCUGAGGUUCCAACUUGAGGCCUUCAGGUUCUACCAAGAACCCAGCAACCAGGUCUAUAUAACAUGCCAUGUGAAGGCUGUUCCGGUCACAUCAGCUGUCAGCUCUCAAAACCGAGCCUGCUCUUUAACUGGAAACAGAUGGCACUCAGUAGAUGGGAAUGACCAGGCUUGUACAAGUUGUGAUAUCUCACAGUGGGUUGAGAAAACUUCAAACAAAGAAGCUCCUAAGAUUACCAUGAGUGCUGAAGCAUGGCCCACUAUGAUUUCACAUGAAGGUUUUGUCCAGAAUAAAGCUGAACAUCAUCCAGCCAGUUAUGUUCAUUUCCGUCCAGAACUGCACAAGAGCCAACACGUGAAACCUGAGCAAUCCUCUGCUAAAUUCAUAAAGAGAGAAGCUGAUGACAAAGAACAGCAAAGAAUCCAACUGGGACCACUUACCAUACUGCCAUCAAGCAAAUCUGUCACCAAAGGAAAGGAUUCCAAGAUGGUGCUUUCAGUAAAGGAAAAGACGGCCUGAGACUUGGGAUGACUGACUAGAGAGUGAGGAUAUGGUGAUUACACUGCUAAUAGUCCCAUGACAGAAAGAGACUCAACAGAACUCUUAACAUGUGAAGAUUAAACUCAUUCCUGAUAAAUGUCCAGUAAUUUGUUUUGUGAAUGUUACUAACCACUUCUGCUAAAUUUGAUACAGUGGUUGUCCAUAUGGCAAAUCUGAUCUCCAGUAAAUGUUUUACAUGUCCUUUUUGUUUUCCCCUAUAUGAAUGCCAAUCAUCCUGUAACUAUUGGCCAGCUAUAGGAUUGUAAUUCAUUAAGCAUAGAGUUUUAGUCACUAAAACUCAUUAAACCCCAGAAACACAAGUGGAUUUAAAAUCUUUAUAGCAAGCAAAUGAUAGCUUUUGACAACUAUAAAAUAUAUAAAUAAAACUACAGUAACACGAUACUAGCUGUUAGUUGACAUGCUAUUAGGGAGCACUUCCUUCCAUUACUACCCACAACCCUAAUCAGGUAGUCAUAGUAUUGAUUAUCUUUAGAGGCUAUAUUGCAACAACAUGUCUUUGCCUGCCACAUCCAGUAAAAUUAAGAUUUUUCUUUUAACAUUAAAUCUAUCAGGUGUA